CUAGUUGUUAGUGUUUACGAUCCAAUUGAACUGGGCAGAGCUGACAGACCUCUCAGAUGCAGUGUCUUGUUUGGGACUGGUUUGUACUAUUACCACAUACCACCGCGGUUUGUAUCCUUCCUCUAUACUCAUCCAUUAUUAUAAUUUAUCCCUUUAUCACCACACUCCUCCUUCAAGUUCAUCUGGCUCCGAGUCUUUGGAAUUUCUCUUCCCCUAUGGCGUCGUUUCAUAGAGUCUUAGCGAGUGGGAGCAAGGCGGAUCGUCUCUCGGGACCAAUACGCCUCGACCAAAGCGCCAGUAACUUGGCCGUUGUGAUAUCAACAUUGGCAAGGGCCCGCAUAUUGCCUAAAACGAUUUCCUAUCUCGUAUUCUUUUAACUAUCUAGCAAACAGAAAAGCGUUGAUCGUGACUACUGUCGUUUAAGACAGCUGGACAUCGUUCUCGUGGCGAAAGCCCGACGUCGCUUCACUACUCAUCAGACUCUUUGCGGUCGAGUAAAAUUCAAUUUCAAGUCGUUAUUCGGCUUGCCGUAGUCACAAUGUUAGCUCAGAAAGAA